GGCUGGCAAUGGCAGUGUUGGUAAGCACGCGACUUGACCAUAUGUUUUGAAAGGCACACGCGGAUUUUUUGUUUGGAGUUUUUAAAUCGGAGCAGUAACUUUAAAAUGAGCACUACCAGCACAAUAGUUAUGCCCGGCGAGCGGAUCGCGGCGAUUGAGGAGCUCGCCAAGAGCAAGCGCGUUAUUCUCGGACCCGGACUGCGGCGAUUGGACGACACGGUGGUGGCCAGCAAGGCGGGUCCACUUCGUCACAAGGAACCCGGCACCUUUUGGGUGGACAACUACCAGAGGCGGUACAUCCCGGCGCGCGGAGAUCUGGUACUGGGCAUAGUGCGGGCCAAGGCGGGCGAUCUGUAUCGCGUGGACAUCGGAGCAGCGGACACAGCCUCCAUAUCGUACCUCGCCUUUGAGGCGGCCACCAAGAAGAAUCGCCCGGAUCUGAACCCCGGGGAUCUGAUCUACGCGAGAGUCCUGAAUGCCAGCGCGGACAUUGAACCGGAGCUGGUCUGCGUCAACUCGGUGGGCAAGCGUGGCAAACUGGGCGUCCUCGCCGAGGGAUUCUUCUUCAAGUGCAGCCUGAAUCUGGGCAGGAUGCUGCUGCGGGAAAACUGCCCCGUUCUCGGCGCUCUAACCCGGGAACUGCCCUACGAGAUCGCCGUGGGAGUCAACGGCAGGAUCUGGCUCAAGGCGCAUUCACUGAAGGAAACCGUGGCCCUCGCAAAUGCCAUUUCGGCGCUGGAGCAAUCGGGAUGUGCGGAAAUCGACAAGAUAUGCGGCAAUCUCGGAGACUUCCUGCAGACCUAGCUUUAGUUCUUAGUUUACUUACUUUAUAUAAAAAGAAACGUUUAGCCAAA